GCUGUUGCACCAGAGUUUUUGUAAUUGUAGCCAUGAGGUCCAUUCUCUCUCUCUCAUCUGUUUUGUUGGUUCUGAAACUCUGCUCAGGUGAGUGGUGCUACCAGAGCCAGUUUUCCAGUAUUAACACAUGUGCAGAGCCUAGUCAAUGGCAAAAGUUUUUUCCUAAUUGUGGAGGUCGGAGUCAAUCGCCCAUCAACAUUGUCACACGCAAGGUGCAAUAUAACCAAACUUUGGUUAGUUUCAUCUUCACCGGUCAUGAUGAAGUUCUUAACAUCUCGGUGGAAAACCAUGGGCAAUCAGCUUAUUUCCAACUACCCCCAUCUGUGCGUCUCAGUGGUGGGGGUCUACCAGCCACAUACAAGGCCGUCCAGUUCCACCUGCACUGGGGAGAAUAUGGAGGUCAGGGCUCAGAGCAUUCUGUGGAUGGGGAGCGCUACCCCAUGGAGCUCCACAUUGUUCACAUUAAAGAUAAGUACAACACUGUGACAGAGGCUAAGAAUGACUCAACAGGGAUAGCAGUACUUGCCUUCUUUUUUGAGGUGUCUAAAGAGCCAAACAAACCCUUUAAUAGAGUUACAGAGGCUUUAGGAAGAGUUCGAUAUAAGGGCAACAGCAGUCAAAUUGAAGGGUUCAAACUGGCUGACAUCAUCCCUGAAGCCAGUAAACUAAGUUACUAUCGGUACUCAGGCUCCUUGACCACACCAGGCUGUGACCAGAUCGUUGUGUGGACGGUCUUUCAACAAACUCUGAAUAUUAGCCAACAACAGCUGGCGUCAGUGGCUCAGCAGCUGUCAUUUGAAAAAGAAAAGGCCUUGACUGGAAUAUUCCGUCCUGUGCAGGAUUUGAAUGGACGAAUUGUGUACACAUCUGGGGCAAGUCACAGUCCCUAUGACCAACCAGGUCUAAUCACCCUUUUCUGCCUCUUUUGUGUUGUUGGACAACAAAGGUGUUUUCAUUGAAUGCUAGAGAAUUCAAUCAGCAUAUUUAACACAUGAUGUUCUGUUUUGCCUACU